AUGGAGGAUCCCUUCGACUGCAGCGUGGUGACCUUGGAUCUCGCGGGCCUGGACUGCGAGUGCCCCAGCGAGACCAAAGCAGAGAAAUUGAGUCGAGGAGAUGCCUGGGAGCGAUGUGACGAUGAAUUGAUCGACGGAAGGAAAGGCAAGAGCUCAUGGUGGCGGCCCUGGAGAAAAGAUGACAGGCCGGAAGUGUCCCAAGUCUUCGAGAUCCAUCGCGACAUCAGCCAUGCCGAGACAACAUAUGAGCUGCCUGGGGAUGAUUGCAUUACACCCAUCAGUCUGGACGGAGGCCGUUGCGAGACUCCCGUGGAGGCCUUGCGGAGCCGUUUCGGCCACCCGAGCCGUCCGGUGCCGCAGGGCUUGCAUGUGCCGUUCGGAACGGCCGAGAUCAUAGCACCUGGCGCCAUCCCCUCGCCCAUCAACGCGGCUCCGGAAGCCAUCGAUGUCAUCGCGGCCCAAAGAGUACCGUCCUGCGGGUCCUGCGGGCCCUGCGGCAAUGGGAUCACCAAAAGCUUCAGCUUAGACCCUGACGGUCGGCCGGAGCGUCGGAUGGAGGCAAACAUGACCUUGGUCUCAGCCUUUGACGAAUGA